CCAUAUCUUUGUUGCCAGCGGCGUCUGCUUAAACCCCAAAACCCCCAACCUCCUUCGCCCGUCGACCACCAAAAGAACCUGCCACUUUUCCUUGCCACCGCCGUCGACGCCACGCCCCGAGCAGCAAACCGGACUCACUACAUCCGACUCUUCGUCAAAGCCCUUCAUCCCAGAAUUCCAUAAGAAUCCAAUGGGGAAGAAGAGAAAGCACAGUGAAACUGCUGCUGUGACUGAAGUUAAUAAAGAAGACAGUGCAGCAGAGCGGCCUAAAAGGACACUCCUUGGUUGGAAAGAUAAGAUUGAAGAGAAAAAGGAGAGUGAUUCUGUUGUGGGUUUUAGGAACAAAGAGAAGGUCUUGGUCACUUGCUCUCGCCGUAUCAGUUUCAGGUAUCGGCAUUUAAUGUUAAAUGUGGUGUCACUUUUGCCACACUGCAAGAAGGAUAACAAGGUUGAGUCCAAGGAUAGCAAAGGUGCAACCUUGAAUGAGCUAGUUGAGCUGAAGGGUUGUUCUUCUUGUUUGUUUUUUGAGUGUAGAAAAGGUAGGGACCUUUAUCUUUGGAUGGCCAAGUGCCCAAACGGUCCAUCUGUGAAGUUUUUAGUUAAUGCUGUGCACACAAUGGAAGAACUAAAGCUCACUGGAAAUCACUUGAAGGGUUCACGCCCAAUCUUAACUUUCUCAACUAAUUUUGACAAGGAUCCCCACUGGAAGCUUCUGAAAGAGAUGAUCAUGCAGAUAUUUGGAAGUCCUAAGGACCACAGGAAAUCUAAACCAUACCAUGAUCAUGUCUUUGUUUUUUCCAUUCUUGAUGACCAUGUAUGGUUUAGGAAUUACCAGAUAUCUUGCCCUCAUACUGGAACCCAGAAAAUAGAUCGUGCAGACCUGGAGAAGAUGACCCUUGUUGAGGUUGGUCCAAGAUUUUGUCUGAAUCCGAUCAAGAUUUUUGGAGGUAGUUUUGGAGGCCCUACGUUGUAUGAAAAUCCAUUUUAUGUUUCACCAAACCAGAUCCGUGCUUUGGAGAAAAAGCAGAAGGCUGGGAAGUAUGCAAAGAAAAUUAAAGCCAAGACUAGGAGGAAGAUGCACGAACUGGAGAAUCCUCUGCAGGUUGAUGAACUUGCACAUAUGUGGAAUGAAUGAUACAACAUUGGCGCAGAGCUUUUAGCAUAUCAUCACUUCAAACUGCCCACCCUUUUGGUGCAAAUGAAGACCUUAUAAGCAUUCAAGUAAAAUUCCGUCUUUAAUUGUGUUUGUAAGGAUCUUCUUCCAAGCAGUGAAUGGAUGCAUUUUAAUGUCGGUUGAUCUGUAGUAUUUAUCAAGAAUAUGUUGCGAAGGUGUUGGUAUCCAGGAGAAAAUUUCCAUCUUGUCGUUUACACACAGAUACUUCUAUUAAUUUGGAAACAAAUGAGGAAGAAAGAAUUGUUGUUUAAUUCUUUUUAGUCUUGUCGUCAACUCAUGUGUAGGGGGGUAAAAGAGAGUGAUGAUUUUUUAAGCGCUGGUGUAUCAUUUUACAUUUAAAUCUAUGAAAUCCUACUCGGCUACUUGUUUUG